GGGCUCCGGGGUGCGGAGAGGAGCGGAGGGGAGCGGAAAGGAGCAAAGAGGAGAGGAGAGGAGGGGAAGGGAGAGGAGCGGAGGGGAGCGGAGGAGGGCUCAGCCCCCUCGGCCCUGCCCCGGCCGCGGCCCCCGGCGGGGCGCUGCGGGUGUGCAUGGCCCUGCGCGGGUGGCGAUGGCUGCGUGAUGGCCCAGCGCGGGCAGCCCGCCCCGCACGCCAUGGCUGCCAAAGAGGAGCUGUACAGCAAAGUCAUCCCCCGGCGGAACCGGCAGCACCGCGCGGGGACCAUCAAACAUGGCUCGUCGCUGGAGAUCCUGCUCUCCAUGGGCUUCCCCAAAGCCCGGGCACAAAAAGCACUGGCGUCAACAGGUGGAAGAAGCGUUCAAGCAGCAUGCGACUGGCUGUUCUCCCAUGUGGGUGACCCGUUCCUCGAUGACACCCUGCCCCGGGAGUACGUCCUCUACCUGCGCCCCACCGGCCCCCUGGCUCAGAAGCUCUCCGAGUUCUGGCAGCAGUCAAAGCAGAUCUGUGGGAAGAACAAAGCUCACAACAUUUUCCCGCAUAUCACCCUCUGCCAGUUCUUUAUGUGCGAGGACAGCAAGGUCGACGCUCUCACCGAAGCCCUGCAGGCCACUGUGAUGCGGUGGAAAUGCAAAUUCCCUGCCCCUCUGCCUCUGGAGCUCUACACGUCCUCGAACUUCAUCGGGCUUUUUGUCAAGGAAGAAAGCGCCGAGGUGCUCAAGAAGUUUGCUGCAGACUUUGCUGCAGAGGCAGCCUCCAAAGCAGAUGUGCACGUGGAGCCCCACAAGAAGCAGCUCCACGUGACGCUGGCCUACCACUUCCAAACCAGCCACCUGCCCACGCUGGAGAAGCUGGCGCAGAACAUCGACGUCAAGCUGGGCUGCGACUGGGUCGCCGCGAUAUUCUCCCGGGACAUACGCUUCGUUAACCACGAGACUCUGCAAGUGAUCUAUCCUUACACACCCCAGAACGAUGACGAACUCGAGCUGGUCCCAGGGGACUUUAUUUUCAUGUCCCCAGUGGAACAAACCAGUACAAGCGAGGGCUGGAUUUAUGGCAUUUCCCUUGCAACUGGCUGCUCUGGGCUGCUGCCUGAAAAUUACAUCACGAAGGCGGAUGAAUGUGGGACCUGGGUGUUUCAUGGGUCCUACUCGAUUCUGAAUACUACGUCUUCCCCGUCCCUUCAAGCUUUCAGCGACGGCGCUCUGGAGAGAAGGCAGCAAGAAGACCAGGGGCCUGGGGACACGGGGCCACUCACUAUCAUCUGCCAGAACGUGCAGCCGCUGAGAAUAAGCAGUCAGCCAGGGCCUCAGAAGCGCUGCCUUUUCGUCUGCAGGCACGGGGAGAGAAUGGAUGUCGUUUUUGGGAAGUACUGGUUGUCACAGUGCUUUGAUGCCAAAGGAAGGUACAUGCGUAGUAACCUGAAUAUGCCUCACAGCUUACCUCAAAGAAGCGGCGGUUUCAGGGAUUAUGAAAAAGACGCGCCGAUCACCGUGCUGGGCUGCAUGCAGGCAAGGCUUGUUGGUGAAGCUUUGCUAGAAACUAAUACCAUUGUAGACUACAUCUACAGCUCCCCGUCCCUACGGUGUGUGCAGACAGCACACAACAUCUUGAAAGGUAUGCAACAAGAGAACAACCUGAAAAUUCGAAUAGAGCCGGGCUUGUUUGAAUGGACCAAGUGGGUCUCUGGGAACACACUACCUGCUUGGAUACCCCCCAUGGACUUAGCUGCAGCUACUCUAAGCGUUGAUACAACCUACAGACCUCAUAUUCCCGUCAGCAAGUUAGUGGUUUCUGAAUCUUAUGAUACGUACAUAAGUAGAAGCUACCAAGUAACAAAAGAAAUCAUCAGUGAAUGUAAAGGCAAAGGAAAUAACAUCCUGCUAGUGGCACACGCAUCCUCCCUGGAGGCUUGUACCUGCCAGCUCCAAGGGCUCUCGCCGCAGAACUCCAAGGACUUUGUACAGAUGGUCCGAAAGAUUCCCUACUUGGGGUUUUGUUCAUGCGAAGAACUAGGGGAUACAGGCGUUUGGCAGCUUACAGACCCCCCCAUCCUUCCUCUCACACAUGGACCAACUGGAGGCUUUAACUGGAGAGAAACCUUACUACAGGAAUAGGCAAAGCCACGCAAGCAAGGAAAACCCACGGCCUUUCUAAGCGUCGGAGAAUGUCUCUUCGUUCUUGUGUUUAUUGACAGUGGAGAAGUAGUCCUACUAUGUUACGUGGAUCACACCAACAGCUCUUCUAGCAUCUCUCUUACACGGCCAGAGUCGCGCAAAAAUUCUCAUAUACAACUAGGCAAAUACAAAAGGGACUGAUUUGGAGGAAAAAUAUUGAAAUAUUGACCGGAACUCUUGCACUGCAGGGAAUCUGUUUAGUGAGUUGCUCGGGUAAAUGUUCCCACCUUGAAUGGAGCUCUGUUAACACCAGUACCAUUUACUGCCUUCUGCACCCUGUUAGUAACAACUAGCACUGUGUGAAGGGCGAGCAUUCAGGAUGCAUUUGGGUUCUUUUUCAUUGCUAUUUUUUGCAAAGCAUUAGCAGGCUUGCUCAGGACCACGUGUCGACACCCUCCUCGCUCACAACCCCCAAGUUCUCAGCACCUUUCACAAAGCCUACCACCACCAGCUGGAAACCAGAGGUCAGCACUGCCUCUGCAGGCAGCAUCAGGUUGUUCUUCCUCUCCUCCUGUCUCUGCCCUGGGUUAGGUGUUUGCAUACCGUGGAUGCAAAGAUUGACACAGAUCUGCAGCAGAAGAAAGAUCUGGAUUUCACAUCACUUACAGAUGAAGCUUGCACAUGAAAAGACAGCACCAUUGUGAACAAAGACGGGGAGCUGUUGCUCUUAAGUGGAGAUGAAAUAAGCCUAUACCAAUCAAACCUGCAGGAUUUAGAAAGGCUGCUUUUUUAUUCCCCUUUUAUUUAAAUUAUUGAAAUCCACUCUUGUGCACAGACCCAGCCUAAAGUGUCUGUGUCCUUUAUAUCCCCCUGAAAAGGGGCUUUGCCUUUUCUACUGAGUUCUUGUGCUGGUCAUUUACGCGGUGGUGGUUUUCUGUUCCUCGUGAGGUUUUCUGUCAGCCCUGAUGAGGUUCUGCAGCAGGCAGCUUUCUUAAGUGGGUAACGCUGAAGUCAAAAAGGCAGCACUGAAAUGCAGCCUUGGCUGCUUGCUUGCCUUCCUUUCGUUAACUCCUAAGUGCCAUCUGUCGUAAAGACAAAGCAGAGCUGA